CUGGGGUCGGAGUUUUCCUCAGCUGCAUGACAAGUCAUGGUCAUUAGUGGGGCAUUAGCUGUGUCCUGUCGACAUGCUGCAAGAGUUGGUAUUCUUCUCAGACAAAAUCCGUGUAUGACUACACGAUGCGUAAGUUCUGGUGUCACUGAGCAUCAAAUGGAAGUAAAUGGUGCCAGUAUCCAUUACAAGAAAGCAGGGACUGGAGCUCUUCCGGUUCUCCUCCUGCCAGGUGCAUUAGGUUCAUCAGACACAGACUUUUCCCCUCAGUUGGAAGGUCUAAACAGGAAUCACUUAACAGUCAUCGCAUGGGAUCCCAGAGGAUAUGGUAAAUCAAGACCAGCAGAGAGGAACUUCUCUGCUAAAUUCUUUGAUGUGGAUGCCAAGGAUGCUGUUGACCUUAUGAAAAAAAUAGGUUUUCAGAAGUUUUCACUAUUGGGUUGGAGUGACGGUGCUAUAACUGCUUUAAUAGCGGCAUCAAGAUAUGCAUCUGUUAUUGAUCGUUUAGUUGUAUGGGGUGGCAAUGCAUAUGUAACAGCAGAUGAUGUACAGAUGUAUGAAGCCACUAGAGAUAUAUCAAAAUGGAGUGAACGUAUGCGGGCCCCAAUGAUCAAAGUAUAUGGUGAUGAAUUUGAGAAAAUAUGGAAUGCAUGGAUGGAUGGUAUUAUUAAUACCUAUUACCAUGGCAAUAAUGGAGAUAUUUGUAAAAAGAAUCUUUGUGACGUCAAGUGUCCAACUCUGAUCGUGCAUGGUGAGAAGGAUGCAAUGGUGCCUAUGUUUCAUGCUGAUUACUUGCAUGCCAAUAUCAAAGGAUCAAGGCUUGUAAAAUGGUCAGAUGGUAAGCACAAUCUUCACUUACGAUAUGCAGAGAAGUUCAACAAACUUGUUUUGGAUUUUCUCCUGGAAGGACGGGACCACAGCUAAUUCAAUACUUUCAUUUGUGAUUAAUAGUUAAAACAUUUUUAACUGUAUCAAUAGAGUUAUUGUUUUCAAAAUAAAUAUAUUUGUUUGUCAAUACUGGUAA